AUGAUAUCAACCAAUUUUGAAGGUGUGGAUAAGACUGUAGAUUCAGGUAUGUCUAAUGAACUCUGGUCUAUGGAAUUUGAUGGGAGUUGUUCAUCUUCUGGUUCAGGGGUUGGGCUAGUAUUAAUACCUCCUGAAGGUAAAGUUAUUCCUUAUUCUUUCAAAUUGGAGUUUCAAAACACUAAUAAUAUGGCUGAAUAUGAAGCUCUAUUAUUAGGUCUUGCUGAAGCAAAGAAAUUGCAUAUCAAAAUGUUGAAAGUUAAAGGUGAUGCUGAACUUAUUGUGAAGCAAGUGAGAGGUUUAUUCACUAUUAAAAAUGAGAGACUGAGACAUUAUAGAAAUCGUGUUUGGGAUGAGAUUGAAGCAUUCGAUGCUUUCUCAAUCAAAGAAGUACCAAGGGAGUUCAACUUGAAGGAUGAUUCUUUGGUGGUAUUUGUAGGUUUUUUAGUGCCUAAUCCUAAUUUCACAACUGAUACCUACAGGGUAGAAUUGGUUUAUAGACCAAGCAUGCUUGACAAUUCUGAAUCCUGGCAGGUGUUUUAA